UCUCACUUUAACAACUAGAGUAAAGAGGUAACUGGACGGUGUCUUAUGCCGCUCUUUGAAAUUUAAGUACAAAGCCAAUAUAAUGUAGCAAUUAUUCUGUAUGUUUUGUGCUCUUUUCUACUACCACAGAAAUUAAUGUUUGUUGGUAAGAUACGGCUUUUUGAAUCUCUUUUUAUUGUAAGGUGGCGGUAGUGCAAAUACGAUCGAAUUACAAGCAUUGAAUGUAAUUAAAUGUAGUAUAAGCCAAAAUUAUCAAAUGAAAAGAUAUAAAUAGCUAAAGUUGUUUGCUGAGAAAAUAGAAAAUUCAUAUCUUACUUUUUGGAAAGCGCGCUCUCACAUCCAUCACGAGAAAGUAAUGAUUGGUUAAUAUAUCACACUGAUGGGCAGUAAUAACUGGCUUGCUAGUUAAUAUAGGAGAGUCGGGCUUGGGGAGCGGAGGCAGACAGCGCAAAGGAGGAGCUCCUUAAAGGAGUUUUAACGCAAAGGAGGAUUUUUUACGUAUCAUCCAUUGUGACACAACCGAUCGACAGAAGGUUUUGGAAAGAAGGGGAUACAGUAUACAUUAACGGACGAAAGCUGGAUUUGCUUGAUCUGUGAUAUUACAGAUUAAACAUGACUCGGUGGAGGGGCAGACAGAUGUGAAGACCCCAUGGGAGAGGGGAUGACAUGGAGGAGAAGACGAGCACGUUCCCUAGGAUGAAGGAGGCGGGAGUGCCGUGGCGGAGAUUAUCCAUGUGCCCGCCUCCCACGCUGGGGCAGAAGAUCGACCCCCGCUCACUCAUGCGAAACUUUUCCUAUGGCGACAAUGACGGCUACCCUCAGUGCACAGGCAGUGAAAUGGAGAGGAAUGGGGGCACAGUCCUAAACGAUGAGCCCAGCCCAAGCCCGUCCCCCACUAACAAGUUGGAGCUGAAGUUUGAGAGUCAGGAAGCUCCAUCUCCUUCUGAAAAGCUGCUGUGGAAAGACUUCCUCAAAGUUCAAAAGAAAAAUUAUCAACAGAAGAAAGCAGCAAAGGAAGUGUACAGUGCUCAGAAAGACUCCUCAGAAAGUGAAGCCAUCAUGUCUAACUGGCUGAAGAUUCGUGGUACUCUGAAGGGCUGGACCAAGCUGUGGUGUGUUCUGAAACCUGGAGCUCUCUUGAUAUACAAGAGCCCCAAGGUGGACCAUUGGGUGGGAACUAUCCUACUUAAUGCCUGCACACUCAUGGAAAGGCCUUCGAAGAAGGAUGGCUUCUGCUUCAAGCUCUACCACCCUCUAGACCGCUCCAUCUGGGCUAUGAAAGGUCCACAGGGGGAGAACGUAGGCUCCAUCACACAACCCCUGCCCAGCAGCUACCUAAUCUUCAGGGCCGCAUCAGAGCCUGAUGGCCGCUGUUGGAUGGGCGCUCUGGAGCUGGCCCUCAGCUCCUCCAACCUUGACAAGUUCAACUUCAAAGCUAGUCCAGAUGGGGACAUUGCCUGCUCCUCUGAGUCAUCACACAUCUUCAAUCUCCUGCGGUCUCCCUCCACUGACCAUGUGCUCUCCCAGUUGAGUGAAUCCAUGGAGCAAGACUGCAACUCAGACAAAUCAGAGAAGGAGACUCAUGAUUCAGACAACGGGCUGAUUGAAGACGGUGGCCGAUUGACAGAAGAGAGCGACAUGGAUCAAUCCGAUGACCUUCUCCACGACAUUCAGGCUACAGUUUAUGUUGAAGAAGAACGAGAGGAGAUGGCAGAGGAGGUAGAGAUGUCCCAAGUGGAGACAGUCUCAGAAGAGAACAAAAGUUUGAUCUGGACCUUACUGAAGCAGCUGCGUCCGGGGAUGGACCUUUCCAAAGUAGUCCUGCCCACCUUCAUCCUGGAACCACGCUCCUUCCUGGACAAGCUUUCCGACUAUUACUACCACGCGGACUUCCUCUCACAGGCAGUGACAGCUGAGAGCCCUUACUGUCGGAUAAAACACAUCCUGCGAUGGUACCUUUCUGGUUUUUACAAAAAGCCCAAGGGAAUGAAGAAGCCAUAUAAUCCUAUCCUCGGGGAGACGUUUCGCUGCUGCUGGCUACAUCCCCAGGCCAGCAGCUGCACUUUUUACAUAGCAGAACAGGUGUCACAUCACCCACCAAUCUCUGCCUUUUACGUAAAUAAUAGGAAAGAUGGCUUCUGCAUACAUGGGAGCAUUCUGGCCAAAUCCAAGUUUUAUGGCAACUCUUUAUCUGCAAUACUGGAUGGGAAUGCAAGAGUGAUAUUACUAACCAGAGAUGAAGAAUAUGUUAUUACAAUGCCAUAUGCACACUGUAAAGGUAUUUUGUAUGGCACCAUGACAAUGGAACUUGGAGGAAAAGUCACAAUUGACUGUAAAAAAACUAACUAUGUAGUAGAUCUUGAAUUUAAACUUAAGCCUCUUCUGAGUAGUAGCACUGUAAACCAGAUUUCAGGGAAGAUCCUCAUCGGCGAAGAUGUGCUGGCCACUGUAGAUGGGCACUGGGACAGGGAGGUAUUUCUCCGUGAGAAGAAGACUGGCCACCAGGAGGUGCUGUGGAACCCUAGUCUGGAAGUGCGGCACCAGAGACUACAGAGAAAAGUUGUGCCGCUGGACCUGCAGGGGGAGUUUGAGUCUCAGAGACUCUGGCAGCAUGUCACCAGUGCCAUCGUUAACCAGGAUCAGGAGCUAGCCACACAGGAAAAGUUUGUCCUUGAGGAGGCCCAGAGGCAAGAGGCUAGACAGCGAGGCGACAUCGCCUGGACUCCCCGACUCUUCACACUCGAUCCCACCACCAACGAGUGGCGCUAUAAGCAUGCAGACACUAAUCCAUGGGAUGCUGAUACCUGCCUUGCCCAGUUUGAGAAGGACAACGUGAUCCAGACCAAGGAGCGGCAGCAAAGGCAGCAGAAGGAGUCGUCCUACGGUCAGAGCUGGGCUGUUCGGAAGGAGGCCCACACGCGUGACAAACGGAGGAAGCCCAACUACAGCCAGAACACGGAGAGCAGCACUUCCACACCUGAGCCCUUGCUGGAAUCCUCUGACAAUGAAGAAUUCUUGACCCAGUGUGCCAGAUGUAACAAGGAACUGAGGGACAUGGCUCAAAUUGAGGCCUACAUAGCAUCGAUACAGAAAACACAGAAGGACAUUCAGAGGAAUCUGCGAACCCUGAGACAGCAGAUCCUUCACAGCGAGGACUCAGGGGAGAACAUCGCCUUCAGUGGCCGCUACUUUGUGAUCCUCUGUGUGCUGCUCCUGUUCCAGCUGUUCAUCAACUAUGUGUAUACUUGAGAAAGAACAAGGCUUCUACGCUUCUUAGCAAUCAGUAUACCAGUGAGAAGACAGCACUGAGCACUUUGGAGACGGACCAGAGGAAUAAUGAAAGAAAAUGCAUUGUGACUGGAAAGAUUUUAUAUUCCAAGAUGGUGCAUACAAUCCCUGCGAUCAUGUUUUUGUGAGUGUGUGUUUUACACAUAUGUGACUUAUUUUCGCUAAACAUGAAGUCAAGACAAAUACCAAAAAUGUUAAAUAGCAACAAGGACAUAAAGGUCCAGCUGUGCAAUUCAUAGGUUAUUUAGGAAACAGUAUUUAUCCUUUUUUAAGAGGGUAUAUUUAACUGCGAAGUCUUACAUAUUGUGGCAUGGAUUUCUUAACAAAUACAAACAACAUCUGUGAUUAAUGAAAGAACAUGAAUUAGUCCUGACAAAGCAAAAGUUUUUUUUUUAUGAUUAUUUAUUUAUUUUUAACUGUAAGGGGAUUUAACAUCUGUACUGCUGGUAUUUUUAAACAAAUGAAUUAAUUAAAAAAUUGACACAAAUUUUAAUUGAGUGGCAAAGAACUGGAAAAAUGUUUAUUAAAGGAGAAAACUGCUUUUAGCGAGACGUUUAUCUUUACUACAUGGAGAUGCUUAGUCCUGUAUAUACAGAAAAAAAUUCUGCGAUAUAUAUAUCUGUGUCUUUUUAUUUAUAAAAACAAAUUUAAUUAAAAAUUUACUGGCAAUAAUUUUUUUUUAAUUCCAUGUUUCUGGCCCUUGGUCUUUCAAAAGUGUGCAUUAAUAGAAAUGGUAUCAUAUGACUCCUUCCAGUGUAGAGAACAGUAUGUUUAAACAGUCAUUUAAGCUUACUGUAAAUGAUUACAUUAGAUUAGAGGAAAACAACCAAAUAUUACCUCUAAAUUGUAGGCUGUAGAGCAAAUUGCCUGCAACUUUUUAAAACUUUUGGCAGUCAUUUAUUCAGGAAAUCUUAUGAAAAAAUGUAAAAAAGUUCAUACAAACAUUCUGUUCCAGGGAUAGUCAGGCCACCUCUGCCCCAUACCACUCUUGUAUGUGGGCCAGUGUGUCACCCUACAGGUGACAUACCAUCAUCAUCAUCAUCAUUGAUACUGUCAUCCGAAGGUCAUUGGUUCAAGUCCGUUGGUUUGCAUAGUGAUGCAUUGAUGCAUUAAGUCCAAUUGCUCCAGAGGCGCUAGACGCUCGCUGAUUCUGUAAUCAGACCCUAAAAUUUACUCUCACCUGUAUUUAUAUCUAUGUCUCAUGGAGAGCAAGACUGGGUAUAUGAAAACUACCCAAUUUCCCCAUGUGGAUGAGUUAAGUAUCUCUUUUAUUUUUAUUUUUAUAUAAGAGCGAUGACCAGUGGCCAAGCCCUGAGCAGGACCCAGGCUUGGAGCUGCUGGGGCAACUUCCUUGUCGUUGAGGCCCAGCUGACUAGCAGUUGCAAUUAUGGCUCCUCCGAACUGCAAAGCUGACCAUAAAGAUGCUGCUGUUUCGUGUAUCAUCAGAGAAUACUUGCUGCUUUGUUGGCUGUAUGUCUCUCCAG